UGCGCGACGUACGAACCGAACACCCGCCGGUGCACUUUUUCCAGUCCGCGAGCGCUGCGUUUUUUCUUUUACAUUUCGAACGGGAAAUUUUCGUGUCCGUAGGUGAAUCUAGCGUUAUUCCGCGCCCGGAACCGUGCUCGUUCGUGUCCACCGUGUGGGAACCUGCCCAAAGAUGUGCAAAUCGAAGAAAAUUGCCCACGAAGUAAAUGUUAUGUAAAGGAUUUUUGCUCUUCCGAGUUUUAAUUUUGAGCUAGUCGACGCGUUAUGGUGGUUCCCCGAAAAUGCUAACAGCCACACUCGAGCACGGCCAGGAGGAUGUAAAUCCAGAUGAUUAUUUGGAGCUAAAGCAGCAGCCGCCACAACACGCGACCGAAUCGGGCCGCGUACCGUUCCGGAAGUCGCCGUUGGCUCCGUUGAGGAAUAACCAACAGCAGCAGCAGCAGCAAAAACUAGGGUGCAAACGACAGUCGGCGGUCGAACCGUCGGAACAGUAUCCACUAAUAAAGCUUAAGCGACGUUACAGGGAGAAGGAAAACAGUGAGGAGGAGCGGCCACGUCAAGAAGAGAAAUCGCCGGAACCGGUUAGGCGAUUUGCGCGGACGCCGCUGCAGCGGAAACUCGACGAGGACAUCCGGUUGAUUCUGCAGGAUACCGUCCGGCAGGUCGAAUUUACGAAGCAAACGAGACGCCGCCGACACCGGCUGAGUUUAGCGGCGAAAGCAUUCGAGAAGAGUCCGUCGGAGCUGCUGGUUGAUCGGCAGCGGAGACGGGUCGAGCAGAACCGGAUCCGCGACUGGGAUCGGGUUGAGGUUUUUCGAGAGGAGGAGGAGGAGCAACCGCAGCAACCGGAACCGGUAGUUGAAAAGCCUGAGGAAGUUGAGGAAAAGCGGAAGGAGCCGGAACCGGAAGUUGAGGAGAAGUCGUUGCACCGCAGGUGUGUUCACAAGAAGGUUAUUAUCAAGCGCAAGAGGCCGGCCGUGUCGAGUUCGAGACUUUCGCUGUCGAAGGAGUUUCACCGGAGGCGGUUGAUCGAGGAGCAGCAGUAUCUCUGGACGAAGGACGAGGAGAAACGGAAGCGACGCAAGUGCCAGCUAGACGGAUCGAGCUCGUCGGACAGUUUUCAAGAGGAGGCGAAGGAGGAGGAGCAGCAGCCAGAGAAAGAGCAACCGGGUGCCAGGCUCGGCGACGGUCCCGGCGUUGAUCAAAUGUCCAUUCACCAUCAACAGCAACAGCAGCACCACCACCACUACCAUCUGCCAAGCACAACCACCAGCAGCAGCAACUUUCCGGCGUCGUCCACGUCCUCCCUUCUACUGCUGACCUCGGCAGCAGUUACCGGAGGAGGAGAUUCCGAUUCGGACGGUGGCCUUGCCGACGGCGGCAUGGCAGGCCAUUCGCACUACACCCGUAGCAAAGCGAGCCGCAUUCAGGGCCAGAUGUCGCUGGAAUCGGCUACCGAUAUGGCCAUUGCCGCGUCCCUCAAUGAUCUACCGCGCAGCAAGGUGGCUAGUCUGCAGGGCCGCCUGGACACCGGGACGGCAACCGAGCUCGCGAUCGCCCAAUCCCUCAACGAAAACCAGCAGAACGCGCUGAACUCGGCGGCUAGUGCCGCUACCGGCUCCUCCGUCAUAAUAACCCAACAAAGCUUGCCGGAAACGCCUGCCAGUAUUGCAGCGGCCGCCAACGCCAACAACGCCCUGGCCACGCUGUGCAAUAUCGGCAACUCGUGCUACCUAAACUCGGUCCUGUACACGCUCCGAUUCGCGCCCAACUUCAUCCACAAUCUGCACCACCUGAUCGAGGACACGGACAGCGUCUACCAGCGGCUCAGCCAAAACAAGCUGAAAUCGUCCUCGCUCGGCCGGAACAUCCCCGGUCUGCACGGCGCAAGCGGACGCAGUUGGAGCAGCAAAGACCUAGCCUCACUCGGAGGCUCCAGCAACAACUCCUCAUCUUCCACGCUCGGCGCUGCAACCUCGAACGGAACUUCAAACCUGCCCCCUUCGACGCAUCACAUUCGGGAGGAGAACCUGCCGCCCAAAACCAACCGCCAGGUCGUGACCGAACAGCUGCACGAACUGUUCCAGAACCUGCACCGGAACGAGGCGAUCGAUACGGCCGAGCCGUACCACGCGGGGAACAUCCUGCGGGCGGUGCAGGACGUGAGCGCGACGUUCGAGGGCAACCAGCAGCAGGACGCGCACGAGUUCCUGAUGUGCGUGCUGGACAGCAUACGGGAGUCGUGCCAGUCGCUGAUCAAGACCAUCACCGACCAUCCGGACGUGCUGAUCAAUACCUGCCCGCCCGUGCCGGAGUGCAUCGAAACGUUCGUGCCGGAGGCGAAAAGCAGCGGCGCGCGUGUCUUCUUCCGGCGGCGGAAGGACCCCGCCAAGACGGCGGCCUCCAAGCAGCAAUCGCCCGUGAACGGUGGCGCGACCACGCUUCCAAAGGCAGGCUCCGGCGGUGGCGGUGGCGGGGAUGCCGCAGACCAGUUGGCCUCGCUCAAGAGUGCCCUGCUGGCAGGCGGCGGCACCAAAGCGGCCUCCGCCGUCGACGAUGCGAUCGUUCGGGACCGGGUGCAGGCGCUCGGGUUGGACUUUUUCCGGGACGACUUUGAGGGCGUGACGGUGGCGAAGACCAAGUGCUUGGAGUGCGAGACGUGCACCGAGCAGAAGGAAACCAUGAUCGACAUUGCGAUUCCGAUUACGGCGAGCGAAGUGAGCGACGCGGCCAAGAAUCCGCAGCUGUUUUAUCAGAAUUCGUGCAUCACCCGGGAGUACUUCCGCGGCGACAACAAGUACCGGUGCGAGGUGUGCUGCGGCUACAGGGAAGCGAUGCGGUCGAUCUCGUUCGAGGUGCUCCCGCGGCAGCUGAUCCUGCAGCUGAAGCGCUUCAACGGCGACAUGGAGAAGAUCAACAGCUACAUUCCGACGCCGUUCGUGCUGCGGUGCUUCUGCAACACGUGCCUGCUAAAGCCGGACUGUGAUAAGCCGCACAUCUACCGGCUGUACAGUGUGAUAACGCACGUGGGCGCCCGGAUGUCGGUCGGUCAUUACAUCGCGUACACGAGCUCGCUGGACGUGCACGGCGAGUACUUUGGCUGUGGGAAGGACCGCCGGAAGCAGGCACUGCUGGCGGGGGGUUCGAUCGACGGGGGAAGCUUCGGGGCGGGUGCGGGUGCGGGUGGUACCGGAAGUACGGGUAGUCAGAGUGGAAAGAGCAGCGAGAAGAGCACCUCCGGCCAGCUGAAGAAGCUGUUUGGCGGCAAGAAGGCGUCCAGCGCGGGCGACAUGAGCAAGAAGAUCAAGAACAACAACAAGCUGAACCUGAUCAACGGGAUGGAGGGCUUGAAUCUGAUCAAUGGCGCGGGUAGCGCCCUGGGCAAUAGCAAUACGGCCUCGUUCGGUUCGCAGUCGGGCGGCAACAGCCCGAGCAGCAACGGAACGCCAACCAGCGGUGGCAACGCCGCGUCCCUGCUGGCCAGCCGCGCAAUUCCGUGCGCCGGCCUAAACUGCUGCGGCAUUCAUCUGAAAAAUAGUCACCUUAGUUUGUACGGCCCCGGUGGUCCCCACCACCACCACAAUCAUCACCAUCACCACCACCACCACAGUACGGACAGUCCGGACAGCAACGGGAUCGCCGACUACGCGGAACGCAACGGAAGUGCUGCGGCGACGCCGGCCGCCUUCGAGCAGAGCUUGUCCCAGCAGCUGUGGCACAUGUGCGACGACGACAAGAUCAAGAUCAUGUCGCAGCAGGAGUUUGAGGAGCUGCUGUCGCCGAACCGGCGGCACGUCAUUACGCCGUACUUGUUGUUCUACGCGCGGUACGACCUGGUGCCGAGUGCCGCCGCGGCAGGCAAGAAGGACGAGCCGUCGUCGGCGACGAAAGGGACGACGGUGGCGGCUGCAACGGCCGCGGACGUGGAUAUGGCCGCCGCAGACUAAUGGUACGGUAGGUGGCCGCUUGUUUUGUUCCGACUGGCAGCGGGAGCAGGGUUGAGGCAAGACCAGCAGCAGCUGGUUGAGGUCGCUAGUCGUCGCGUGGUCAGGUAUCGAAUUGUCAUCAUCGUUGUUGUCUCUUUGGUUAUCACCAGGGCGUUUUAUUUGUCGCGGGAGAUUGCGUGUUAAAGAGCGGGAGAGAAAUGUAGUAAUGGAGACGUUGAAGAUUCGGAAGAAACGUUGUUGUUGUUGUUGUGUGGGGGUUUGCUCGGGAUUGUCGGGUUGAUUGAAAGGAGAAAAAAGACAAACUACAUUGUUAAGCUUUGGUACGUUUAUUUUUGAGGUACUGUUGUUUAAAUGUAUAUGAUUUGCGUACAUCUGGCUGAAAAAUAAAAACAAAACAAAAUCUUCGUCUGUUCAAACAUGUUACGUGACA